AUGUCUUCCAACCUGUCUCAUCUGCUGAGAAACUCACGUAUCGCCCAGGUACCCAGGUCUGGUAGCCCACCGACCUCCACAGCUCCAAAAUACGCCCCCACACAUCAGGUUAUUGAAACACGACCUUCGACCCUGCAUCGUCAAGAAUGGGGUCUCAAGAGCUCGCUGCCUUCCAAAGUUAGAACCAAAUACAUUGUUUUCAAUGAUCUGGAUACUCUUGAGCGUCUCACGACAUUCGAACCCAAUGGAGGGUCCCAAUGGAAUCGCAUCAGGUUCCAAGAGCUUGGUGUCGCUCCCAAAUACAAUCCAGGAAAGGCCAACCCGCUUUUUGAAAAGGCAGCAGCCUCUGGAAAUCAGCUUGUGCCUCUCAGCUCUCUGUUGAAUGUGGACGCAUCGACCCCCAAGGCAGAAAUUGAGAGAAGAGUCUCCCAGAUGAGAAGUCUGCGGGAUGCAUUCAAACAGUGGGUACUGAAAAACGACCCAGAAGCGCUACAGAACAAGUCGUUCACGGUCAAGGACAUGACUGAUAGUGCGGUCAACUUUUUGAAAGAAUCAACGAAUCACAGCGUCAGCUUAGAUUCGGGUUCUCUACGCAGAACAGUCGGUACAGGUGGCCUUACAUACAACUUGCACGGAAGGCUCAGAAACUCCCCCAACGGUGUCGUACAAAAGACUAUCGUUCCUGGUAGAUUCUUGAACGCCGAAGGGAAUGACAGACUAGCCGCCAUUGGUGGGUUUGUUGCCAACGCGGGCUCAUCUUCUGUGUCAACUUCCCAAAUGGACUACAGAAUGGGUGAUUUUGUUCGUCAAGUACAGGUGCCGUUCUCUGUCAGCCAUGCUGCGGUGCAAGACAAUGGUAAAGUGGUGCUGAGGGCAGCUGCCGUUAGUGGCAUGAGCUCCAGGGCCAAAAUACAAAUGAACAGUAGAGGCUACCAACAAAGGCCUCCAAGAAGAGCCUCAUCCCGCAGUGCAACGGCCGAAGAAUCUACAAGACAUGCGGAGGAGCUGCUGAAUAUCUUGACCAAUUUCGACAAUGGCAAGAACAAGAAGUUGCGAUAG